AUGGAGGCUUCAGAUCUCGACGGCCUUCGUAAUCGGCAAUCUGCGGCUCAACCGGCGCCUGUCGAGAGCGAUGCCGUUGUGAAGGAUAGGGAGGAGGAAGUGAAGCCGGAGCAGUCGGGUAAGACGUUUGGACGGGCUCCGGAUGGAACGGUGUUUACCGUUCCGAAGACUACGGAUAUGGUCUCGUCCAUCCUCGAUCCGCGCGCUCCGAAGAGUGAGUUGGAUAUCGUCGUUCUCGCCUCCCUCGCUUUCUCGAUCUUCGUCUACAUCACCUUCCCCGACCGUGCGAGAAGGUACUCGCUUCUCCUCCUCUUUCUGUUCUGGCGCGCUUCGUAUAAUGUCGGACUCGGGUAUCUCCUGAACGUGCAGUCGAAGAAUCGGACGCUCGUCGCGUGGGCACAGAAGUACUGCUUGUUCGAUAAGGAGAAUAAGGCCGUGUACAGCUUCGUUAGGAGGAAUUUGCAGGGUAAGAUGGAGAAGGACUAUGAUUUUGAUCAAGUGCCGAAGGAGUACAAUACUUGGCUCCUGUACCGCCGCUUGGUGGAUUUGAUCUUGAUGAAUGAUUUCGUGGCAUACGUACUCAUGGCGCUGGCUUGGUUGCAUUUCCCGUCCGGACAUGGGUUUUUGACGCAUACCCUCCGCUGGACCCUCGGUUUUGUGUUGAUUUUGUUUAACUUGUGGGUCAAGUUGGACGCCCACCGCGUCGUCAAAGAUUUCGCCUGGUACUGGGGCGACUUCUUCUUCCUCGUUGAUUCGGAUCUCACGUUCGACGGUGUCUACGACCUUGCGCCGCAUCCGAUGUAUAGUGUGGGGUAUGCCGGGUACUAUGGUAUUUGUAUCAUUUCUGCGAGCUAUACGGUGUUGUUUGCGAGUUUGUUGGCGCAUGCGGCGCAAUUUGCGUUUUUGACUUGGGUUGAGAAUCCGCAUAUUGAGAAAACGUAUAACCCGCCCAAGCUUGUGAGGACGAAGAGUGGAGCAGCUGCCACGGCGGAGGAGAAGGUCAAGAAGCCCGCGAGAGAUUUGGUCGUGUUCAGGAAUUUCGAUCCGUACCGUUCCGCGGACUUGGCGCUUGCGUGUUUGGUUUCCACGACGGUCGUGUUGGCGGUGUUCUUGCCGACCACGAGGACCACGAAGACUUUUUUCGUGUUGCAGGCGUUUUUCUGGAGGCUUGUGCAUUCGUUUGGGUUGGGCCUCGUCUUGAGCGCGCAGAGUCGUGGAAAGCGGUGGACGCGGCAUUUCAUCAAGCACGGCGAGACGGCGGAGGAUGCAUGGUGUCAGUGGAAGGGUGUGUAUAACCUCUCGCUUUGUAUGGUUUACGCGUCGUUCGGUGCUGUUGUUUGGAAGUUGUGGAGCUUUCCGCAGGAUUGGACGGUUGGAACGGUUUUGUUGAGACAUACUGUUGGUGUGUUGUUGGUUGUUUUGCACGUUUGGACAAGUUCUUCGAUUUAUGAGGCACUUGGUGACUUUGGAUGGUUCUUUGGCGAUUUCUUCGUUGAUGAGUCUCCGAGUCAGCUCACGUACACCGGUAUCUACCGCUACCUCAACAACCCCGAGCGCUUGUUGGGAUCCGCUGCGUUCUGGGGGUUGGCUAUGGUUUCGUCGUCAAGGGCUGCGACACUCUUGGCGCUCCUGAGUCAGAUUUGUAACAUCUUGUUUAUCGAGUUGGUCGAGAGACCGCAUAUGGAGAUGCUGUACGGUAACCAGAUUCGUAAAGAAGCGGGUGUGAGCAGGACGCUGAAGAGCGAAUUGGAUCGUAAGGUGCAGGAAGUCAAGGGUCAGGUCGACGCGUUAUUCCUGAAGGCGAUGAAUGAGGUGGAGGAGUUCAUCGAGAACGGCUUGGCGCGGUACGGUAUCGGCAACGGAAAAGUUAUGCUGGAUGAAUUCCCGAGUCGGAUGCAUGUCGCCCGCGUUGCGAACACGCCUGUUGAUCCCAAGCUUUACGAGUUACAGAUCGUGAGUGCGAGUAGUGAUGAGAGCCCGAGUUCGCAGUUGAGGUUUGAGUUGGGGAAGGAGAUUAGGGUGAAGUGGUCUGCGCCUGCGACGCACAGUAAGAAGGAUUGGAUCGGGUUGUAUCGCGUUACGGCGAAUACCUCGAAGGAGAUUACGAGGGUUGCGUCGAUGGGGAGGUGGUCUGCUGUCGAUGCUGAGGGGUAUGAUAAUCAUACGGAUUCGAUUCUUGCUGGUGGGGAGACGGAGGGUGAGGUUGAGUUUAGGGGUGAUGCGCUCUUCUGGAAGACGGGGGUUUAUGAGUUUAGGUAUCACUAUGACGGGAAGCAUAACGUGAUGGCUAUCUCGGCGCCGUUCGAGAUUACGCUUCCGCGUCCUUCGUCGCCUUCUUCACUCCCGCUUUCGUCGAUCGAGGAGUCGUUGCUCAAGCUCUGCCAGGUCUGUUUCGCUGAUCCGUCUCUUUCGCUUGAAGACGGGUUUGUUUUUGGUGAUCCUGUGCAGGAUGAGAAGGUGAGCAAGAGGGUUGUGUAUGGCGUUAAGGAGAUGUUUGGGGUUGAGUUUAGCAGGGAAGUCGUUAAGGCGGAUGGUGAUGUGAGGGGUUUGGCGAGGAGGGUGUUGGAGGCGAUGAAGGUUUUGAGGCCGUUCACGCAGACUGGUGCCACGACCCCCGCCGAGUCCGGUGUCGUUGCCGAAUCUGCCUAA